AGCCAUUUGGUUCAAGCAAGGGCAGCGCAGCCCGGGCGCCCGCGCCGGGCCGCGCCCCUCCCCAGGGGCCCCCGCCCUCCUCGGGGCGCCAUGGCGCCGCCCGCUGCUGCCCGUGGCCGCGCCGCCCUCGCCCUGGCCGUGGCCGCCGAGCUCUCCCGCCCCGGCGCCGGGAGGGCGGACGAGCCCGCCGUGGGCUUCCGCAUAAUUGGCAGCGGGUCUUGCCGCACGGCGACGGACGGGGAGGGGACUUACACAUUUGCGCACCCGACGACCGCUGCGGACUGUGAGCGCAGCUGCGCAGAGGACGCGGCGUGUGUGGCGUACGAGGUCACGUACCUGGUCGCGCUGUCCCCCCUGUUCGACCCUGGCAGGGCCAGGUACUGCAAGAUCCACACGCAGGCGGUCAUGAUGGCCGACAGGUCGACGAACAGGUCGGAGUGCUGGGUCAAGGAGGGCUUCAGAAGGAGGCGCGACUUCGCGCUCCUCGGGACGGGCUACUGUCUCCCGGCCAGCGGGGAGCGCUUCCGUGUGGCGGCCUGGGACGUCGCGCCGCCCGGGUCCUUCGCCCACCACUUCCAGUGCCGGACCGCCUGCGACGCGGAGAGCGCCUGCACGGCGUACGAGCUCCGGAAGGUUGGCGGCAAGCUGGGCUGCAAAGUGUACACCGACCCCAUCACGCAGGUGGAGCCCUGCGAAGCGGGCAGGGACUGCUGGUGCUGGGUCGUGAGGCCGACCGCCACGCCGGCGCCCGCCCAGCAGAGCGGCGAGUCGAAGUUUUGGUGAGGCAUCGUCUUCCUUCAUCAUGGCACGGCGUCGUGGAGAGCCCAUCAGUUUGUUCCUGCUUUGAAGAAGCAGCAGGCCUUCGGAUGGGAACGGAGGCGUAACACGCUGGCGGGCCACAAGCGGUAGCGCGCCAUCGGUCUUUGACUCACAUCUGAAAAAUGUUCAUGGUUGACCCCCCUCCGGUGCCCAUUGUGUUUUUUACUUGAAGCGCCCCUCCUGGGGCUCGCACCCUGUUUGUCACAAAGGAGGCAGGAGGAGGCGCCCGGCCUCCGUCCACGAGGACACAGGCCUAUGCCCUUUCUCAUGGGUGCUCUUGGGGCCUCCGGUUUCACUGGGCAGGCUGCUCUCCUCCCGUCCUCGCUGCCACGAUAUACCAUCCGCUCUGAAGCUCGGCGGAGAGUCUUCGCUUCUUCGUACCUGCUGCGUUUGCUCUGCCCCUUCUCUCCUCCCUCCCAGUGCCGCCUCCGCCCGUGGUCUGUCAGCAGGAGCGCGUGACAGAAUGGCCAGAGUGGCGACCUGCCUCGCCAGAGAAGACCGCCCAUUUGUCCCGAGGGUGGCAUGGGCUCCGAAACCCAACGUACAAUGCACAGCAAGGGUCGUCUGUAUAUCACGAGAAGAAGGUGGGGCUGGUGAACGGACCCAGCUUCUUCCAGGGGCCGUUUGGAGCGAUUUCUCUUCCAAACACACCAUUGCCCCAACCCCACCUCUGUGCCCCCCCGA